AGACCUCUGGAUUAGCAAUAAAAACGAGGCUGUAUUCCGAGGGAUGCAGACGUGGAGGAUGCUAAAAAGUGGCCCCGCUCAAGCGGAAGGAGAAGGGGGAACUACGGAUGGAGCGCUACAGUGUAUAACUAAGGAGCAGGUGGAAGACAUGGCCCCUGGACAUGGACAGGAGCAUGGUCAUGGACAUGGUCAUGGUCAUAGUAAAUUGGAGCUUCCAGAUUACAGACAAUGGAAAAUAGAAGGGACACCAUUAGAAGCUGUCCAGAAGAAGCUGGCUGCACGGGGGCUAAGGGACCCAUGGGCCCGCAAUGAAGCUUGGCGAUACAUGGGUGGCUUUGCAGAAAAUGUUUCCUUCCUGGGUGUAAUAUUUAAAGGAUUCAAAUGGGGAUUUGCUGCAUUUGUGGUAGCACUAGGGGCUGAAUAUAUCCUGGAAUCCCAGAGCAAGAAUAAGAAGCAUCACUGAAGAGAAUAUCUUUAAAUAUCUUGUCACUUCCAAACUCUGUCACAAAAACAAGAUUUCUUCGCUGUAGCCUGCUUGUUUGUAUGUUUGUCCCUGAGAAAAUACUAGUAUGGUUUAAUAAAGUAAGGAGAACAUUUUUUUUGUU